AGACAUCCUGGUGUUAAGAGUGAGAAUUGCUUCUUGUCCCUCAGCUUCUAUGUUGCCUGUCCUCGGUCCACUUGAAUCUCUUGAGAGAGCUGAGUCCUGUGUGUGCCUAGGCCCUGCCACAGGGCCCUGGAUGCCCUGCCUGUUCAGAAGAGACUGUGGAUGUCCCCGAGCCUUGUGGUCCCUGCUUCGGAUGAUGUGGGGCAGCAUCCAUCUGAACGCAUAUCACUACCAAGUCCAAGGUUUUGGAAGGAAGCCCUUCUCCUCUCCCAUCUCAGUAUUAGACCAUUGGACCUUGGGACAUGAGACUCAGGCCGCUGACUCUACAUCCCUCACAAGUGCACAGAGCUGCCUGCCCUUUUGCCUUGUGUCCAUCCUGGAGCGGCCUUCUGCCAGCUUCUAUGUUGCCUGUCCUUGGUCAGCUUGAAUCUCUUGAGAGAGCUGAGUCCUGUGUGUGCCUAGGCUCUGCCACAGGGCCGUGGACGGCCUGCCUGUUGAGGCGAGUUUAUGGAUGUCCCCGGCCCCCAGUGGUCCCUGCUUCGGAUGAUUUGGGGCAAUUCCAUCUGAAUGCACAUCACUACCAAGUCCAAGGUUUUGGAAGGAAGCCCUUCUCCUCUCCCAUCUCAAGAUUACACCAUGGAACCCUGGAAGAGGGGACUCAGGCCCCUGUCCCUGGACCCUUGACCAGUGCACACUGCUGCCUGCCUUUUCCUUGUGUCCAUCCGGGAACAGCCUUCUGCCAGAAAAUAUUUAUACAAAGAUCAAGAUCGUUAACCAUAAAAAGUUCACAUUUUAACUAUUCGGCCUCCAGAUUUCUGUCCUCAAAUUCCUGCCUUGACUUCCUUCCACAGUGGACUGUCACCUGUAAGCCAAAUAAACCCUUUCCCAGAAUUGUUUUGGUCUGUGCUUUGUCACAGAGGUAGAGAAAGAAGCUACCACACCAGGGAACCAUUUUGCCACUGUUCUCCAGGCUCUGCAUUGGCAUUUUGUUUUCUUGUUAUACAUUUUAUUCUUUAAGACAAUAUUUAAAUUCAUAUUUUGAUCAUGAUUUCCCCAUCCCACAAGUCCUUCCAAAUCCUCUACCCUUCCCUACCCAUCAAACUUUAAAUUCUUUCUCAAAACAAACAAACAAACAAAUAAAUAAACAAAAACCAAUUCUUAGAAAGUAUGUAGUUAUACUUGGUUUCAAUUUUAUGGCUUUAUUUUGAGAAGAUACUAAUUUUAGAUUGCCACUUUUUCUAACAUACUGUAUUUUAUAAUCGUUAUUUCCACAAGUAUCUUAUUUUUAAACUUUUGUUUCAGUAGAGCUAAAGCUUAUCAGAAAUUUGCUCUUAUUUAUAAAUCCCUUUAAUUUGUUAAAUGAGUCCUCUUUACGUACUUUAAGAAGGAAUUGCAUUUUAAUGAGAGACAGAAAGUGAGUGGAAUAGGAUGGGAUGGAGGUUGGGAGAAAAAUGGGAGAAGAAGAGGGUGGGGAAAUCUUAAUCAGGAUAUAUUAUAUGAAAAAAAGUUUUCAAUAAAAUAAAGGACGAAAAAAAGGAAAAAAAAGACAACACACACAGAUGGGCUGAAACACUGAAGAGGUGAUGUUCCUAAAAUGAAUCCUAAUCACUUUAUCGUCUGUCUCCAGUACUGUAUGGAUUCUUAAAAAUGGAUUGUAGUUGUAAGUUGGCCUUUCCCAGUGGAUCCUUCAACAUUUAACUACUUCAGAGAAGAAAACAGAGGUACUUGUCUGAAACUGAAGGUCCCUUAGGAAACUUGAGUUCAAAGUGAUUGCUACUGUGAUGGCGCAGACAUGUGGAACUGCAGAUAGGGAAACUUCCCUCACUCCUCCCUUCCUGCUCUUGCCCCCUCACCUGGCCUUUGUGUCCUCAUGAUGUAUCCCAGAAUGUUACAGAGCAGCAAGGCAACCCUACAGCAGCACCGGAUUGGGAGGUCAAGUCUCCUAUCCUCCAAUUCUAUGUGUCAAAUAAUAUUCUGCUCAAGUAGGUUUCUGUGUCUGUUUGCUCUUUUGGGGAUGCUUUCCCCUUUGUUUGUUGGUCCUAUUCUGAUGUGUUGUUUUAUUUUAGUUUUUUAUAUUUCAUUUUAUUAUUAUCCCCUAGAUGUCUGUUUUCUAAUGAGAGACAGAAAGUGGGUGGAUUGAAUGAGAAAGAGGUGGGAAGAAACUGGGAAGAUUAUGUAGACGAAUUUCUAAGGGGUCUUAUUAAAAAAGAACAGGGAGCCAAAUAUAGGGGUGAAAGCCUCAGAGAUCAGAGAAAUAGUGAGAGCCACCAACCACCUUACCUCACCAGCUCUGUAGCUUCCAAAAUGCCAUGACUUCCUGUCUACCCAGGCUUUUAUUGCCCUGCUCUUCUGCCCCCUCAUUGACUCUUAGCCCAGCUAGCUCACUUGCUUGUUACUGCCUACGUGUACAGACCUCCAGGGUCUCUAUGGUUGGUACUGGAAUUAAAGAUGUGAGCCACCAUGCUGGUAUCUGUUCCCUAGCGUGACCUUGAACACACAUAGACGCUGCCUGCCAAGUGAUCAGAUUAAGGGCGUGUGCUACCACUGCCUGACUUUUGUGUUUACUUAAAACGGCUUGCUAUUUCCUGUGAUCUCCAGGCAAAAUUUAUUAACAUGCAAAUAAAAUAUCACCACAUUUCAGCACAAAUAAAAUAUCACGACAGGAUUAGAGGGAGGAGAAACAUUAAUCAGGAUAUAUUAUGUGAGAAAAAGAUCCAAUUUCAAUAAAUGGGAAAUAUAUACAUAUAUUUAUGGGGAAAAAGAAGGAUAUUCUUUGGAUUCAUGUAUAUCUAAAAAUAUUUGGCUUUCUAUUUAAGCAACACUUGCAACAUAUUGUGUUUUAAAGAUUGCCUUGUUCAUUCAUGAUUAGUGCUUCUAGAUGAAGA